UCGAACCUUUGAGAGGCGAGGGGGAUUUGAGACCCCCCCCGCCCGCGUCAGAGGCGAGGGGAGACCCCGGAGAGACCCCCAGCGUGAGAGGAGAGACCCCCAGCGUGAGAGAGAAGACCCCGGCGAGGGAGGAGAGACCCCGGCGAGACCCUGGCGAGACCCCCAGCGUGAGAGAAGACCCCGCGCCGAGCGGCGCUAGAAGCCACUCGCUAAUCGCCACCACCGCUCGCGGAGGAGGAGCAGCCGCCCAUGGCCGUGACGGCAGCACGGGGAGCGGUGCGGAAUUAGCGCCCCCCCCCCCACCGGUCGCUCAGCGGCCCCUCAACGACACGGAGCCGGAGAAAAACUCGCGCAAGCUCCCAGGCGCCAUGGACCCCGCGCUGCCGUUGCGCAUUCUUAACAAGGGGCCCGACUACUUCCGGCGUCCGGCCGACGAGCCGAGCAAAGCGCGCGUGAGCGCCGUGGAGCGGCUGGAGGCCGACAAGGCCAAGUACGUGAAGAGCAAGGAGGUGGUGAGCACCAAGCAGCAGCCCAUCAAGCCGUGCGCGCCGGCGCGCCCACCGCUCUGCACGGCCGUGCGCCGCACCCAUUCGCCGGCCCGCGCCGGCGGCGGGCAGGGACCGUCGACGGCGACUGCGUGCGGCGGCGGCCCUAGUGCCCUCGAGGCCCUCAACAAUGCGCUCAACGCCGCGCUGCUGCUGCACCACGCCGACGGCGUGGACGGGGUCGGCUCGCGCGAUGCCGCGGAGCGCCGCGCCAGGGACCCGGCCGGAGCGCCGACGUCGUUCCACUACAGCAUGUGCGACCUGGCGGACGCAUCGCCGGCCGGGCCAGGCCUCGCCGGGUCAUCCUCGUCGCCGCGAGGGGGGGCGGCCGCCAGCAUGAUCGACGUGUUCAGCGCGGCGGCGGCGUGCUCCGGCGCCGGCGACGGGGUAAGGUGGGACGCGUCGAUCGGCGCGCGGGCGACGGAACUCGGGCCGCGGUCGCAGCCCGGCGCGGGCCACCACCGCGACGGCGCCGUCGCCAGGCCACUGAGCGAGACGGCCUUCAUGGGCCACAUGGAGUGGCCGCGCGUGCUCUACGGCGGCGGGCAGCAGGAUGCCAAGGACAAGGGUGGGCCGCCGACGCAAGCCGGCGCCGUCGGCGCGCAGGUCGGGUGUUCGCAGGCUGCGGCGGUCGCCCCGUCGCAGUGUCGCGCCACCCAGGCGAGGUCGUCCCAGCGCACGGCACCGGCCUCACGCAGCGGCCACCUCCUCCCGCGCACGCGGGGCACCAGCCGCAGGCCGCCCACGCCGGUUACCCCGGCCACGGGGCGCCGCCCCCACACCCUCCUGCGUUCCCCUCCUACGCCUCCCCAUGCCACGCACCCCACGGCUACGCCGCGCCAGGCGUCGCAGUUCGGCCUCGCGCCGGCACCAGAGCUCGCGGCGCCGGGCCCGGUGAAUCAAGGCGGCGCCACGGAGAGAGGCGACGGGGCGCUCGGCGCGAAGCUGUGGGCGCGCGCCGGCGCGCUAGAGGCUUACCGCCGCUGGUGCGCCGAGUCGGUGCGCUCGCACCCCAACGGGGAGCAGCGCGGCGGUGGCGGUGGCGGCAGCCCCCUGGGGGGCGGCAACAACGUGGUGCGGCGCCUCUUCCAGAUGCUGGAGACCACGGAGCAGCAGAUGUCUGCGGCGGCCAGCAUGGCGCGCUUCUCGAACGGGGAGCCGCGCUGCGAGGCGGCGCCGCCCGGCGCGUCCCUCGAAGGCCUCCUGUCGCCCGACUCCACGCAGGGCGAGCUGGAGAUGAGCACCCAUAGCUCUCCGCGCAAGGCCUCCGAGGCGGGCAGCAGCGGGAGCGGCUGGCGCCCGGCGCUGCAGCGCUCCAAGUCGGACCUGAGCUCGCGCCUGGCGCGCACCGGCGCCGACAUCGAGCGCUUCUUCAACUACUGCGGCCUGGACCCCGCGUUGCUGGAGGGCGAUGGCCUGGAGGGGCUGGCGCGCGCGGGCUCCGACAUCCUCUCGCUCAACCUGCAGAGCGCCAGCGUGCAGAGCCUCAGCUCGGCGCCGUCGCACCGCAGCAGCCAGGUGGAGGCGGAGGAGCGGCAGCGAGCUGCCUGCGCCAUCUCCGUGGUGGAGCGCAAUGCCCGCGUCAUCAAAUGGCUCUACAGCUGCAGGCAGGCGGUGCUGCACCAGAAGGCCAGCGUCGUGUAGGUCGCCGACCGCCCCCCAACGAGCCCCCGGUGGACCCCGACAGUCCAGCCACCCCCUCCCGCCCGCUCGCGUGGAAGCCUCCAGCAUGCGGAAAUACAUUUCGCGAGCGAGCCGAGGGAGGGGACGAGAGAGCCGUGCGAAUGCGCCGCCACUUGGCAGGCUCGCCGCACGGCUAAGGGAGUCGUCGUCCUUGUUGUUGUUGGCUUCAUGCCCAGGCACAAGCGCCUACGUGCAGGGGAUAUCAGCCGCGUGCGUUUGUCAUUGCUCGUAGCUCAGGUGUAUGGCUCUCCCUGUGACCUGUGGGGGUGGGGGGGUGCGACUGUGGCUGAGCGGCAUCACCGCGUGAGACGGCGAGGUGCGCUCCUCGCCGGAGCGGCUUUUGGGGGUGCACAGGCGGCGCAACUGUCCCGGAGACCACUGGCCGGAGGGGGGCGCCCAGGGGGUGGAGGCUAAUUUAAUUCCCUGCGGCAUAGCCCAUGGCGACCAUGCUAUGUCGCUGCUACACACCAUGGUUUGAGUUUUAAUGAUUUAAAGGAUUUCACGAGGCCAAGACGACUGAGAAUAUGUUCUCAGCGUGUUGACGUUACGGAGCGAUGCGCUUGCCGUUGGUCUCGUCCGGUGCAGCCUGGGGGCCUGGCUCUGCUGGGUCCAGCACCACGAGCCGGCUCGCGGACUCAGCCCUGCACCGUUCGCCCUCCUGGCUGGUCUGAAUUUAAGCAACAACUUAAAACAAAUUCGAACUCAGCGUUUUAUUUAUUUAGAUUAAAAUUCCGUCAGAGGGGGAUCUCCGCUCCCAGGGGAGGUCGAGGUUUGUUUCGAGAAUGUUGAGAUCCCGCUCUUCACGAGCACCGUGGUCACGGCGCCCCCUCCGUGCCCCCACGUGCGCGUGUGCCGGCCCCGCACGCGUUGCCAGUACUGGGCGGCUGCGUGUGAUGAGUGUGUGUGGACUGCGAAGGGGCGCGCCAAGGAGCCGCACCGGUUUGUCCAUCGUGAUCCGGCCUCGUCGCCAGCGUUGCGCGUCAUCCCCGCUGCCGCCAUGCAGCGCUUCGCGCUCGCUUGGGCCCAGCUGCUCGCACGCACGCACCAGGAAGCAUUUGCCGUUGCGCAGCCGCUCGGCUCGCUCGGAUCUUGACCGACCGAUUGAGAGUGGAGCGAGUCGAGCGGAGGCGACUGGGCUUGACGCGUCCGCCGCUCGAAUGACGCUUGUGCCUGUUGGCGGUUACCGGGCCGCCGGUGGGAAUUCCACAUUGCUACGGUGGGAAUUCCACAUUGCUACGGUGGAGACCGGCGUCUUCCGUAGAAACAAUUUGCCGUUGACUUCCCCGUGGUGCUCAACGCCUCCCUUUCUGAUCGCAAGCCAAGGAUGCCGUGUCGGCGUUCCUGCCCUGGCAGUUGCCGGCACGGUUGAGCGAACAGGAGGGGUGGGGGGGUGGGCGAGCAGCGGCGAGAGCGGCGCUGCCGAGAGAGGGCACUGUCAUUGUGUGGAUACGAGGCGGUGUUUUUUCAUGACUCGUGUUCCGUGUUCUCGACCGACACUAACGGAUAGCCUUUACAUAUCAACACGAGCAAAGUUUAUGUUUUACAGGGAUACCGUGCAUCUAAAUUGUGAAGCUCAAAACCGUACCCGCGUGAUGUCCUCUAACUUAUUUUUGUCGAGGAGAAGAAUAUAAUUUGUGACGAUAUCAAUAAUGGUAGCUUUUUAUUCUGCCACAACAAAGCUCGGCCCGCGUCCUUCCAAGUUAGAGGCCCGGGGUGUGGAGCUGUAGCUCACCACUCGGCGCCGGCUGCGCGGGAGACGGACAGUGUGCUGCGGUGCCUGGCAACAUGGGGCACGUGGGGCGACUCGGCAGAGAGGGAGCGAACAACCGUCGGGGAGAGAUUCACGGGUACCGCCGUGUCUUGCGUCGUGUUGCAGCAAUACAACGCUGCCGCCGCGGCCACUGCUGCUGCACUUGGGUUUGCUGCUGAUGCUGAGCCCGCGAAUCACUUGAGACGCGGGCGCGGUGUGUUUCCUCGGACCACGUGGCCGCAUUUACCCUGUGCCGCACGUAACGGGGGAGAAAGUGGGGCUGUCCCAAAGUGCGGAGUGACGCUGCUGUGAGCCGCAUCUCCACGCGCCGCCCGCCCCGGUUAGACCACCCCCCCCCCCCCCCCCGCUCUACGGCAGCAACUACGGCGGCACUGCUUUGAGCGAUCCAGAAUUGGCUUGCGAUAUUCAUUGGUCACAGUCAGUGGUGUUAUUUUAAUUAUUGUGUUUGACAUUGCUUUUAACGUGUUUUAUAUUGGUAUUAAUAAAGAAAAAAAGCAAUAGAAGUAACAGAAGCUGUGAAUGGGCUGAUUAUAAUCCCCGUGGAAGGCACCAGGUGUAGUGGGGCAACCCGAACCCCGAGGACGCGCUGAUUGCAGCGGUGACUCGCGGCAAGGGUCAUGCUCCUCAGGAUUGACGGCUGUGCAGGGCACGCUACACGCUGCACACUGUCGUCGUGAGCAGCUGAUGUGGGAAUCGCCGCAACUCGUCGUGACUCGUCGUGACCACACCGUGCUCCCUUGAGGUGGCGUGGGGAGGAGAGGGCGAGCUGUGGGCAGUGGGCGCCGAUUCGGAAUUCGCUGUGCGGAACGAAAGUCGCCCCCUCGGCGUAGACGAGAGAAACCGCCAGCGCUCGUUGAAACUUUGCACGGAUUUCUGUUCCGUGCCCAUCUCGCAGCCAGCUGUGUUACCGACCGACAAGGGGUAUUAACGAUUGAUACGUCAAAUUGCAAUAACGAGGCCACAGGUACGACCGCGACGGUUCUGGAACCGGCUUGAGUAGACGGAUGGAGGGACGAAGCGCCGAGUCAACCCCAAACUGGGAUUGGAACUCUCGCAACCUUGCGACCGCGAGCCACUCGCUCCACCGCCGAGCCGCUACCCUCCUCUGCACUUCACGAUGGCGGACGGAGCCCGUGCACCGGCAAGAGCUGCGUGUGCGACAUGCCAGCACGGCGGCCGUCUGUUGCCAAGCGAAUCCACUCGUGUGCAGUAGGCUUGUUGAUCGGUCGCGCUUGGAGUGACAUCUCGUUCAAACACCAAAUUACGUUGCCUAAAGGAAUUAUCUAAAUUAAUGUACCAGCCAGUGUCCUCCACAAUGAAGGUUAUCCGUAAAGUAAUUCGAUGCAAGAGAAGUAUGUGAAAGCCACCUUCUGCUCUCGUAAUAAAGAAGUAAAUCAAAGUGAUAACUUCCUGCGAAUCGCAGGAACACGUUCCCCAAGUGCAGAGACGUCUCUCAGGCUGCCACCGCUGCUGAUUUCGACUCCACAAGCCCGACAGCUGGCAGCGCUUGCAGCCCCCGUAGUCUUUAGUCCGCGCUCACCCCGGUGUGAGCAACGUGGCCGUGGCGAGCGUGCGAGCUGGCUCGCCGACUUUGAGUUACGCACAGAGGGGCACGGCGGCGGCAGCCAGAGACCGGGAGCGCGGCCUGGGUCGGUGUCGCAGCCUCGUCGCGCCAAGGGGUCGGGUGUGCCCCCGGUGGCGCUCCAGUUUAAGCCGCUCGAUCGGAGAGGGAACUUUAUGACCUCUUGACCUGUGGGGCGAAACAGCGUGGGGUAGCGACCGCUUGCCUGAUGGGCGUUGACACCCCGUGAAGUCGCUGCUGCUCGUGCCUCGCAUUGUUCAUAAAUUGAGGUGUGCAGUAACAGAGUGUACGACGAGCCGAGUGAGUCGCAAUGUCCACCCUCCUAGGCCAACCCCUAGGGGGGGUCCCUCCUGGCAAAGUUCCUCCCCUCCCCCCAACGUGAUCCCCUUCACUAUCCCUGAGUCGUCUUUCUAGCGAUUCGUGGCGAACGCUUGCAUUGUUAAGAGACGGUCGCGAGGACAUUUCACGUUGUGCUUGAGAGGAUUUGAUUUUCGGUUGAACAUUCGUGAUGUGCGUCGCAGAGAGUGCGUGGUGUGUCCCCGCGCCCUGCUCCUGAGACCUGACCUUUUGGACAUAACCCCAUCAAGCCUCGUCCACUGCGCCGGCCAGUCUGAGGCAAAGGUGAUCCCUGCUUCCCGCACAAUUCACCUUUGCGCCAGGCUGGUCCUUUGUGCCGUGGCUGCGCCGUGUCUCUGUGGUGGCCAACGCUGCUGUGUGGUGGCUGGUACUGCUGUGUGUGCAUGUAGAGAGACAAAGGUGGCCGAGCAUGGUGCUUGCCACCCACCCCCUCGUGUGCCAUACUAGCCUUCAUAGGUGCGAAUCGCUAACAGCACUUGCUCCAACAGUCUGUUAUCUUGGGUGGCUAGCACUACUGUGUGUGUGGUAGUUGUCACUGCUGUCUGUGUGGUGACUAGAGCUGCUGUGUGUGUGUGUGGUGGGUGACGCCGCUGUUUGUGUGGUGGCCGAGCCUCCAGUGAGUGUGUGUAGAUCGUGGGGGGUCGCUGUACCCUCUCCGUAGCCGUGCACCGCGCGGUGCCGCUGCUGACCCUGUGUGGUCGCACGACGAGAAUCUGCGUCGCUCCCUUUCCCUCUGAAGAUGUCCGGAGCAAAGAGGGCCUACGUUGGGCUUGUUAAAGAAACUUUUUUUCAUUUACCAUUGCGUCGGUUAAUUUGGGUUUGCGCGCCAUUCUCACAGCGCGAGGCUGUCAUGCAGCCAGACGUGCUAUGUGUCGCGGACGGGUGCAGCCUGCGGUAGGUUCGCAGGAUGCGGCAGUCGUCGCCUCGCGUAAUCCCAAUCGAAAUUUGGAAAACGAACGUCACUGUGACACCGGCACAACGUGGCCCACGACGCUUUUUAAAAUCGAAUCGUGGAAUCUUUCCGCGUCUACUGUGGAGCAGACAGCCGCGUCACAUUCGCCGUCAACACCCCCCCCCCCCGCGGUAUUAAUCCGGCGCGGCCGCGAGGCUCGAACCCGCACACCUGUGCAACAGCCGUGAAAUGCGCUCCCCACUCGGCCACGUCGCCGCCCUGAAGUUACCAGCAGCGCACGCUGCCGCAGAGCCCAACCGAGCAGGAACGAGGAGGGGCUGCGUGACCGCCGGUAGCCAUGCCGGCGUUGCCGGCGUUGGCGGCGCUGGAGUGCGAGGGCCGGGUUGGGCGUGCGAGGGCACGACGAUCUGAGGCCACGCCCCGUCUAGCCGAGGUGGUUUUGGGGUCGCGCCGCAAUUUUUGUUUGGUACGAUGUACGACGUUUCGCUCCGCGUGCUGCCGAGAGCUUAUUCGGUUCCGCGUGGAGCAGAACGUCGAACGUGAGGCCGGAAGGACAUGCGGUACGACGCGGGCAGAGAGCCACGCAGCAGCACAACCACGAAGCCGUUCGUUGGUUCACACCCAGCGCUUAAUCGUUCUUAAUUAACGACAAGAUAAUUAUUUAACGACUAAUUAAUUAACUUGUCAUACAUAUUUAGUGUCCACUGACAAAUCGUAUAUUUUAUAACAUCCAUCCUGUCAUACCCAGGAAAAGGUCAAAUUCAGCGAACGCAGUUCUGUUCACGCCCAGUCGUAUGCACGUGUGUUCAUGUUGAACUUCUUUCGCAGUCCCCUACGUGUGAAUGCCUGUGACGCACGGACACGUGGACAAGGAGAUUCACGAUUGAGCUGAAGGUGCCAGGGAUUGGUUCUGCAGCGUGGCAGGUGACAACAGAGCAGGGUGCCCGCACCACACUUGCUCGCAUCGCAGCAUUCAAAAGCAACGCUGCUGGAUUUUUGCCACAGAGGUGGCCUGGUUGUUUCGUGCAAUGUACGGCCCUUUGUCGAUCCACUUCUGGAUGAGGGCCUGGUAGGUCAGUGGCGAGAUGUUAACUACCUCGCCUGGUAUAUAAGAGGUCGUGGGUUCAAUCCCGACCCCGAUGCCUGCUGUAUAUUUGGAGUUUGCGUGUUCUCCCCGUGGUCAUGUGGAUUUUUCUCCUGGUCCUCCAGCUUUUCCCUCCACAUUUCGAAUCAACAUCACGCGUUUCGAGUAUUUGGCUGUUAUAAAUGUCUACGUGAUAAGCCACUUCGUUGAGCUAUCAUUUGUGGCCAGGUCGCUUGUGAAAAAUAACUACUAUAUAGCUCAGUGGGCCUUACCUGGUAAAAUAAAAAUAGUUUAUAAUUUUUGUACUUUACCACGCUGGUCAGUGCAGGUUAGCGAAGGAAGGGGGAGUGGGGGGGGUAACAAUGACCGCUUCAGAUGUCGCUCACCAUUGACGUUAGCCCUGGUUGGUAAAGGAAGCUCCGGAAGUGGCGCGCGACUCGCCAUUGCGCCGCUGCUCCGAGCGGGCGACCAUCGAUUCGGGGCACGGCUGGAAGUUGCGGCCAUGAGUCGCCGGCAGAGUGCAUUCGGUGGCAAGGAACCAGCAAUUCCAGCAGCCAUAACGAGAAGUAUUCUGGACAUGGUGUGCCGGGGGAGGGGGGGGUCAGAUUGAUUUUCCGUGUCACUGACCCGGCUGAAAUUAAGCCAUGUGCAUAGAUAUGAAUUCAUUGCCAUCCUUAUUAUAAAAUAUCACAAAGGAACAAGGCAUAAUCGCCAUACGCGCGGAGACAAAUGCCACUUGUUCAUCGGGCUUGUGCAUACAUUGUUUGCACUUGACGCUGUGAGUCUCUUCUUGCACUUUUGUAAACGCGGUGCCGUAGCUCUGUGGAGGGACGAACCCGUGGCGUCCCGAUGGCGACGCUCGCCACACGAGCGCUUCCACAGUGGCACGCACGAGGCCUGGUGCUCCCCUGGGGUCCCGUCCCUCAUGGCUGCCUCAUCCAGAGCUUGAGCUCUCACCAAGAAUAUACUGGGUGUGGUGUGUCGCAUGCAGAAACAUCUUUCGCGUCGCUGGCGUGGCAGAUAAUUAUUACUGUCGUGCAGUAAGGGGGGGGGGGGCGAUGUUGCAGCUGUGUGCAAUCCCAUUUGAGUAAUUUGCAGGUGAUUUAUUUCAGCAUUGGGAUGGUUAGCCAAUACCAGUUACAUUUUUUUUCCGUAGCCACAGAAAUCCACAGCCAUAGCAGGGACACACACUCAGCCGAUAUUGAACCCGGUUCUUAUUCGGCGCUGAGCUCGGCGUCGAACCCCCGCUCUGUCUUUUCCUCUGAGUGUCGUCCCCCGCAGCCAUCUUUUGCACCACACUCGUUACGUUUCCUCUUGGCUCUGCCACCAGGCCCCUGCACGUUUUAUACACAGAGCCUAUAAUGUUGCCGUCGCGUCGCAGUCGGCGGUCCGUCGAUCAAGCGAGCGCGCUUCUGCAAGGCCCCUCUUUGCCGACUGAGUUGCCACCGCUGCCCGUCUCACUGCUCACGUGCCGCCUCGUCGCGUGCGCGCGUGUGGUGGCGUCGUGGCGCAGAGGGGAGAACGGGCCGCGUGCCCCCGCCUAGGCGGACCCGGGUUUGAGUUUAGGGGCCGCGCCCUCAUGCCGUGGCCGAGUGCCGUGAAGGGGACCGUGGCGCUCCGUUACUCACGGCCCGCUCGCGCAAGGGCCAGGUCACGGCGUGCGUGACGGCGUCUGGCCUCGCCGUCCGUUCUCGCCGCUCCCUGGGCUUCCGUACAACUCUGCGGGAGCGCACGGACAGACGCUGUCUAUACCAUUACGACAAAAAUGCUUCACCAACCCGCACUGACCAGCGUGAUGAAGUACGGUCAAAGAAUCUCCCGUGACCGACGAGCCCGGGGGGAGGCCUUCGUUCAGUAGUGGAUCGACAAAGCGCCGUCAAUUAUCUCGUGAUAAUUACAGAAGUCACGACCGCAGAUCGCGAAUAACGCCACGCCAAAAAACAACUCCGCCGGUGACGUCGUUGAAUGCAAAAACCAAGCCGAGCACAGGAUUGUGGAGCGUGGCGACGAAAGCGCCCCCGCUAUGCCCCUGCGGAGCGGGGGGGGGGGGGCAGCCUCGUGCGUGACCUGUCCCCGAACCCCCCCGGGGCGAUUUGUCAGGUGCCCGCCGCCCUCCAUAGCAAACGAGUCCGCUCUCAAUCAACCAGGCUUGACCUGGAUAGAACGGAAACUUUAUUGUUUCCCCGUGCAGUGUUGGUUUCUCGAUUCGGCGCGUGCACGUGGUGUUAUUUGUUGGUGAAGGGAGGCGUCCGCCCUUCCCUGCGCCGUGUCCAAGAAAUCGGUGUCGUCAGUGGCGGUGUGGUGGUGUAGUGGUUAGCGCGCUUCGCUACGAACCCGGCGACCCGAGUUCGAUUUCCGCUCGUGGCCAAAACACCAGUGACGAUCACUUGAGCAACCGGUCCUGGGCCUCCCCUCGGUCGACUCGGCCUCAAAUGAGUACCUGGUGUGGUGUGUAAACAUCGCCACUGGGGAGACAAAGAAGGCUGGGUGUGGUGCUUGCCACCCACCCCCACUGUGUACCAUUCCGGCCUUCAUAGGUGCUCGCUAAAAGCACUUGCCCAAACAGUCUGUUAAGGCUACGCGGGGGAUCUUUGUCUUUGUUGUUGGCUGCACCCGGACUGCUCUGUAAUGCGUUUCCACCCCAGAAGUUUUAACGAUCCCAGCGAUGUCUCGUUCAGUUUCCAUCGCAGCGUCGUCGUUAUUAUUAUUAUGGUGAUUGUUACUCUGACUUUCCGGUUCUUGUCCUGAUGAUGCUUGACGGCGUCUCGAGCGAAACGCCGCAUACCUCAUGGCUGCUACAUUUAGUUGUGAGCGUCGAUUUUUCAACUCGUCCAUGAGUUUAGUAACAAAUAUUACUACUACUACGCUGCUUAACCUUUAUUCGGUUGACCCUUCGUGUUUCUGGCUCUGCCAUUCGUGCAUAAUCGUCAAGGUUCUGUGCAUUAUCAUUUAACGCAAAGUGCACCACCGCUGCGUCGAUGAUGAAGCCCGGCCACAGUUGGCAAUGCGACGACCAGGACGGCCGUCUUAAAAACGAAUCCACAUGUUGUUUUGCACCGGAUUGGCCGAGUAGCGAGAGCGGUCGUCGUACGGGAGGAUGCGGAGCGGCACCUUCACUGAUAAAUGCCGUUGGGCCACCGCGGGUCCAGCCCCGCACCGUGCCGUGCCGGACGCUGCCCCGUGCCGGACAACAUACGCCAGACCUUCCACCCGCAAAAGCAUCUCUGGGGUAGUCUGAACACAUACUCUUUGGUUUUUUCGAUAAAGUCACGUAGUUAAAAAAAGAAAAGAAAAAUAAAUUCAAUCACGACGUUUUGGAGGCAACACAAGCUUCCGUCUUCAGGUGGCACCGUCACAGCAAAAUUGAUACAGUGACUUUACCGAAAAAAACAAAGAGUAUGGACCCUUGCAGUCACGAAAACUUCAAAUCUAGAAGUCUGAACUCGUAAGUGGCAUUUGGAAAGAUCCGCACGACGACUCGCACGGUGACCGGAGUAACUUGGAAAAUCGUGGGAACGCCAAAGCUUUUUUUUUUUGUUCGAGUCGGUCAUCAGCUCGAGGCCAGGCCGACUCGGGGCGGCGGGGGGUGGGGGUCUACUCUGGCCGGCGAUCUUCUGGUGCGAGCGGCCCCGAGGUGGGACGCGCGAGCGGGGUGGCUCCCGCGUCCGAGCGACGCACGCGCAGGUUGAGAGACGGACGCGCAGGUUGAGAGACGCACGCGCGGUUUUCAAAAUGUAACUUGUCGUUGUUGCUGCUGCCGCCGCCUUGGGUGGCCGGUACGCAAGAACAAAUAAUAGAAACUCGACACAGUGCACCGAUAACACGCUGCCCUGAGAGCAAAAGUAAAAAAAACACAACAUGCGACGUUCUGGGCAGUGGCUCUUCAGAGGAAUGGCCCAGCAGAGGCCCCGGUGGUUCCUCCCUCGUGUCGCGGAGGACGGCCAUUCAUGUUGAGGGCCAGGUGUUCUUGACAAAUGGGGUUUUAUGUUCGGACGACGUCCUGUAACGUUAAUCAUAACAGCAUGAUUACAGCGCCGAUUUCAAUCUUAAACGUCGUAAAAUCGUCGUCGUCUUUGUUUCCCGGCUGUCGCCUGUCGCAUCACGAACCGACGAGCGCCCAAGGGCCGUGGUCCUCGAGGCGACGCCGGUGGUGGUCGGGACCCCCACGUGGCUCAGGGCGGUGGCGUUUUUGCCAACGGCGCGAGUUGUGCCGAGUGGCAUCGCCGCGGUGUAUGAAGUCCCACCUUGCUGACGGGACUCGGUCACCGUAGAAGCCAGUGGAAGGUGGCAUUGUUUAAACGGAAACUUCGAGAAGCGUGUUCGGAAGAUGAAGAAGAAAAAAACCAACCCCCGUAGUUCGAUGCUUUAAAUGUUAUUUAAUUUUGCCAAUAAAACCGACCCCCCCUGAUCGGCUCGCGAUCGUGUUCAUACUUGACGUGCAAUGAGGGUAGGCGCAGCCAAAUCUGGAGCGAGAUGGGGGGGGGGGUGUCGCUGGCAAAGGGGGCGGGGACCCCCGUUACCCCCACCGGGGUCUGGCGCGGCGUGCCAGACCCCGGUGGCUGUCUGCAUCGGCCGCAUGGGAGGUGUUGCGUGUGUGUGUUGUGUGCGUGUGCUACCCAUGGGUACGCGUUGCCAACGGAUUUAUGGGAAACUUUAGUGUGCAUCCAGGAGCGACGUGAGCCUCUGUAAAGCAAUGGUGAUGAAGCAAAGCGUCGAGCUCGAUGAGUGUCUGGGAGACGGCGGUGGUGGCGAUGCCUCGGCUGUUGCUGCUGCUGCUCGUGAACGCGCCGAGGGCAGCGCAUCCCCUCUGCCGGGCUGCCGCACGCUGCUGCCUGUCGCUCGGCUGCCCGUCGCUCUGCCUUUCAGAGCGGUGUGCGCACGCACGCGUGUGAGUAUGUGUGCUUGUGCACGUGUGUGCGUGUGCGCAUCUUGCGCGCGCGCACGCCUGUGCUUUGGUGUAAAUUCGAGAUAAAGAUUCCCUUUAUGGCCUUAAUGGAUUGUUGGGGCCAGUGCUUUGACAGCAAGCACCUAUGAAGGCCAGAACUUCACAUGAGGAGGUGUUUGACCCACACCACACCCAGCCGCAUAUUGUCUCCCCAAUGUUGAUGUGUGAACGCCGCACCAUUUAAGGUUGGGUCGGCCUAGGGAAGGCCCAGGAUCGGUGCAGAUAUUCGUGAGACCGUAAUAGGUCGUGAGCAGGAUUCGAAUGGUGCGGUGUGUAAACAUUGUGUGGUCCUGGCCACACAACCCCCUCGUGUGCCAUGUUGGCCUUCACAGGUGCUUGUGAACAGCACUUGCCCCAACAGUACGUUUAUGCCGCACGGGGGAUCUUUGUGCGAGUGCGUGCUCUUUGCGCGUCCUCUGAAAUGCGGUUUCCCAGGUCAGGCUGUUUGCGCCGCUUCCCCGUCUCAAGGCUUUCGCCACGCACGACGACUGCGGGCGUGCUGGAGGGUGCUGGGAUAUGCCCCCCGUGGUCAGUCGCCGUGUGGCGCAAGCCCCAGGGGGAGGUGGCGUGGCUCGGCACCAGUGUCGGAUGAAGCUAGUGCGGGGCAUGUAGCGGAUGUUAUAAAGGGGCCCUAAAUGAAAGAACAAACACGUAAAUAUUAAAACACAAAUAUUUAACUUGCACAGUAAAGUAAUUGUAUUUUUUCAUUUGCCAUACAACCAGAUAAUACGACAAAUCGCUAACCUUAAACACCCAGUCGUUAUAGUACUAUAGUCAUAGAGCAAGUGCAGAAUCACUGAACCGGAAUUGAUAGCUUAAAAGCAUUUAGCGCGGGGCCCUUGAAAGUGCGGGGCCCGUAGAAUAUGUAGCUACCUCUGCUUCUAGGAUCAUCCGGCACUGCUCGGCAUGCAGCCCCGACCUGGGGACGGCGCACUUGGGUCGCCAUGCGGACGACGUCCGUCGUUUUGCCGAGCACGGGCUUUGCGAAGGAACUCGAUGGAGCUGCUGCUCACUUGAAGAAAAAGGCCGAGGCUCCGAUGUCAGUACUUGAAUUGCUGGUGUUAAUGCAGCAGCCGCACAUUCCACAGAACAGAAAACUGACCGGAGGUUUAUAUAGAUUUAAACAAAACAAAAAUGGUGAAUCGUUGAGCUUUUUUUUGUAACGUUGAAAAACACUGGAUGAGCGGCGGAUCGGGCUCUCGUGGUUGCGUUUGUACUCGUCGCGUGGAAUAUUUUGUGACUAGAGAACGUAGAAGCGUUGGUUGAAGGUGGCGUGCGGUGAGCGUCCUGGGGGCAUCGGGGUCGGUGGUUGGUGGCCAGCGGUGGUGUCGCUCUCCUCGCUGGACCCGGGGAGUGUAGGCACAGGCGCUGCCAUCGGUUCGUGCAGUCGGUGUUCGUGGUUCUGUGAUGCAACCCUGCCCAAUAAACUCUUCUGCUGUCCGUGA